CUGAUUUCUUUCUUUGUCUUUCACGAGGCCGACGAGGGAAAGUCACUCUUGUGCUUGAAGUCAAAAUAAACUAAAGCAGUUCAUAUCUCAGAAGCUGCCCAGCAUGGAGGUGGAAACAGAUGUGUUAGCUGCAGUUUCAUCUACUGUAGAUAUACAGUCAAAUGAAUUAACAGAAUUUUCAUCUUCUGAAGAUUUGACACCAGAUCUAUCGGCCAUAUUUUCAUCUUCUGCUGGCAUCAAAACAGAAGUAUUGUCAUUUUAUAAUUCUCAGAAUAUAAAACCUGACAUGACAUUUAAAACCACUCAAGAUGUUAAACCUGAUGUUACACCAGACUUUUCUUCUUCUGCUGACAUCAAAACAGAAUUAUUGACAUUGAUUAAUUUCCAGGAUAUAAAACCUAACAUGUCAUUUAACACUUUUCAAGAUGUUAAACCUGAUGUUAAUUUAGAAUUUUCUUCUUCUAAUAACAUAAAACCAGAAUUAUCAUUUUUUAAUGUUCAGGAUAUAAAACCUAACAUGUCAUUUAACACUUUUCAAGAUGUUAGUUCAGAAUUUUCUUCUUCUAAUGACAUAAAACCAGAAUUAUCAUUUUUUAAUGUUCAGGAUAUAAAACCUGACAUGUCAUUUAAAACUUCUCAAGAUGUUAAACCUGAUGUUACAUUUUCAAUUGAAAAAAUUAAUAAGAAACCUGCUGCAUCAGCAGUAUUUUCAACAUCUGAAAAUUUAAAACCAGAAUUAUCAUCUACUGAAAAUUUAAAACAAUAUUUCACAACAGAAUUUUUACUUUUUGAGAAUAAACAAGAAAACGGACUUGAAGAAAAUCUACAAUUGUCUAGGGACAACGAAAAUAAGAUUGUUUGUUAUCAUGAAACAUUUUCUCAAAGUUCUAAAAGUAAUAUGCAUAAAAAUGUUCAUUCUGAAGAUAAGCCAUAUGAGUGUGAUGUUUGUCAUAAAAGGUUUUCUAGAAAUUCUGAUUUAAAAAUACAUAAAAAAAUUCAUUCAGGAGAUAAACCACAUGAAUGUGAUGUUUGUUAUAAACGUUUUUCUCGCAGUUUUGGUUUACGAACACAUAAAAAGGUCCAUUCAGUAGUAAAGCCACAUGAAUGUGAUGUUUGUCAUGAAAGGUUUUCUCAAAGUAUUCAUUUAAGAACACAUAAAAGGAUUCAUUUAGGAGAUAAACCACAUGAAUGUGAUGUUUGUCAUAUAAGAUUUUCUACAAAUUAUUAUUUAAAAAAACAUAAAAAUGUCCAUUCAGGAGAUAAUCCACAUGAAUGUGAUGUUUGUCAUAAAAGGUUUUCAAAUAGUUCUAGCUUAAGUAAACAUAAAAAAAUUCAUUCUAGAGAUAAACCACAUGAAUGUGAUGUUUGUCAUGAAAGGUUUUCUCGAAGUUCUCAUUUAAGAAUACAUAAAAAGCUUCAUUCAGGAGAUCAACCACACGAAUGUGAUGUUUGUCAUAAAAGGAUUUCAAAUAGUUCUAACUUAAGUAAACAUAAAAAAAUUCAUUCAGGAGAUAAACCACAUGAAUGUGAUGUUUGUCAUAAAAGGUUUUCUCAAAGUUUUUAUUUAAGAUGUCAUAAAAAAAUUCAUUCUGGAGAUAAACCACAUGAAUGUGAUGUUUGUCAUAAAAGGUUUUCUCAAAGUUUUAAUUUAAGAAGACAUAAAAAUAUUCAUUCUGGAGAUAAACCACAUGAAUGUGAUGUUUGUCAUAAAAGGUUUUCUCUAAAAUGUAUUUUAAGAACACAUAAAAAAAUUCAUUCAGGAGAAAGGCCACAUGAAUGUGAUGUUUGUCAUAAAAGGUUUUCUCUAAAAUGUAUUUUAAGAACACAUAAAAAAAUUCAUUCAGGAGAAAGGCCACAUGAAUGUGAUGUUUGUCAUAAAAGGUUUUCUCAAAGUUCUCAUUUAAGAGAAUAUAAAAACGUUCAUUCAGGAGAUAAACCACAUGAAUGUGAUGUUUGUCAUAAAAAGUUUUCUCAAAGUUUUCCUUUAAGAACACAUAAAAAAAUUCAUUCAGGAGAAACGCCUCAUGAAUGUGAUGUUUGUCAUAAAAGGUUUUCUCUAAAAUGUAAUUUAAGAAAGCAUAAAAAAAUUCAUUCAGGAGAAAGGCCACAUGAAUGUGAUGUUUGUCAUAAAAGGUUUUCUCUAAAAUGUAAUUUAAGAACGCAUAAAAAAAUUCAUUUAGGAGAAAGGCCACAUGAAUGUGAUGUUUGUCAUAAAAGGUUUUCUCAAAGUUCUCAUUUAAGAAGGCAUAAAAAGAUUCAUUCAGGAGAUAAACCACAUGAAUGUGAUGUUUGUCAUAAAAAGUUUUCUCGAAGUGAUCAUUUAACAACACAUGAAAAGCUUCAUUCCAGGGUUUUAAUUUUAUACCCGUAUGGUUUUGUUCAGGCCACAAGUUAAUUUGCCUGUUUCAAAUUAUAUAAAAUUGACCUCCAUUAGACAAGUAAAAUGACAUUAGGCCAGCAGUCACAGUGGCAUCUGGCCAACAGGUACAGUGAUAUCAAAACUUCUGAGCAGACAAUCUUUUUUUAUAAACACUUUCAUCUUUUGCUAAAUGACCUUAAUCAUUAUAUUUAGAGGUAUAGAAUCACAAAUCAUAGGAUCAAACUCUACUGGAUGCAAUGUAUAACUCAAACAGACCAUAUGUUAAAACUUCCUCUCCCUCCCCACUAUUUACAUGUCUUAUGGAACUAACCCCAAGUUUCAUGUUGCUCCAACCAUUGCUAAGGCUUAUGGUUACUUCCUUAUUUUUGCUAGAUGUUUUUUUUAAUUUAUUUAAAUGCAAUU